CCUGGCAGCCCCAAUGAGAUGGGCAGAUGGAGUGAUAGCAAGCUGUGUGCCGAAAAAGACGCGCUGGUAGGAGGGAGCCAUGCCACUUUCAUGAUCCACAGGCGUAGAGUGCAGGGAUGGUACAACAUCAUCAUUCAGAGCUCCAAGGGGCCACCAAAGCCCAGCAUCAGUGCCAUAUCAUACCCCAACUUCUGUUCACAUACUUUCACAUUCCUGAAACAGUGAGUAAAUGACCACCUCGUCCUCCUUCACUCUCUCCGUUUCUUUCCCUGUGAUCCUUCAAGAAAACUGGAACAAGGGAGUCCAUCUUGUAUCAAGUGUGAAAAUCAAUAGUGUUCAAAGCACCUGCUGGGAGAUCUAGUUCCCACUGGAUCCUGAAACUCUCUGACUGACCAUGAGCCACUCACAUUCUCAGCCAUUCUAACCUCCCAGUGAGGAUAAAAUGAGAAGGACAGAUAUGUAUGUUCCCUUGACAAAUCUGAGAGAAAAGUAUGGAUAUAAAAAGGUUUCCAGAUAGGGAAAAAAAUAUUUGAAAGCCCCAGGUUUCGUGCAAAGUGAUUUUAUUUUGGAAAUUUAAGUGACGUUAUCCACAUCCCCAACUACACUCAGCCUGCUAAUUGUAUGAGUUUAGCUUUUGCAGAUCUUAUUAUUUGUAGAAUUGACUAAUAUGUUCUCUUUUCUGCUAAAAGUUGACCAUGCUGGAGCGCCUAGAGAUUCCCAAAGAGAUGUCAUCAGGUUAAAAAAGAAAAGUAUUCUUAAUUCACUAUAUCUAUAGUUACAUAUCUACUGGCUGCCCCUGCCUAUGACAAUUUCAGUUCCAGUUCAGAGGAAUGUAUUAAUUUUCUGUCAGGGCUUAGGAAAGUUAUUCUUUUGGAAUGCAGCAGAAUUGUCCAGCUGGUUGGCAGAUGUAGGGCUAUUGUCCAAAAAAGGUAUUUUUCUAGAAUCUAUGAUAUAUUGAAUUCUGCCUAAGAGAACUAAAAGUUUGUCCCUGAAUAGUCUGUGAAUGCAGAUGUGAUCUCCCUAAGCAAGAACUGCUCAGAUUGUGUGGGCACAUCUUUUAGAAAGGCAGCAAGAGAUAGCUGGCAAUGAACAUGAUAAGAAAGGCCGGAAGGAACUUAAUGGAGACCUGGUAUAACUGUCCAGCAAAGCAGCAACAAAAGAAUCAUCCAAGACUUCAUCAAGAGGGAGAGAACAACUUAUUAAUACUGGGAAGAAAUCGGAAUAGAGAAAAAAACACAAGUGAUUGUGAGAAGAGAUGGAUGCGUUCACCUCCUUUCCAUUCAACAGAAACAUUGAAUUUCCACCAUCUAGCUACAAUGAUUUUUACAACUUUAGCUGGGAUGGCGACUGGCUCUCGGAAUCUAACUAUAAUGAACUGCACAGCACUUGGGUGAUGAAAGCUAUUUCCAUAGCAAUUUACAGUGUCACCUUGUUUUGGGGGGCUGUGGGCAAUGGCCUUGUUAUUUUCCUCACAGGUUUCCAUCUCAAGAAGACAGUGACCACCAUAUGGUAUCUCAACCUUGCUGUGGCUGACUUUGUUUUUGCUAUUUGUCUCUCUUCAGAGAUUCUUUAUGCUGUCCUGGAUCACUGGCCAUUGGGGAGGGCUUUGUGUAAACUUGACAUGGUGGUGCCCUUCCUCAACAUGUUUGCCAGUGUCUUCUUCUUGACCGCCAUCAGUGCUGACCGCUGUGUUUCGGUAGUUCAUCCAGUCUGGGCCUUGAAUAACCGUACUCUCCGACUGGCUUCCAUCGUAGCUGCAGCCAUCUGGGUGACUGCCUUGACCUUCAGCUUGCCUUACUUCAUCUUCCGUGACACAGAACACAUAUGGGAUGGCACUAUACAAUGCACAUACAACUUUGGUUCGGAGGAUGCCAGCAGUCUAUGGACACACCGUUCUUUGGUGAUUACUGAAUUGGUGGUAGGUUUUCUCAUCCCCUUCCAUAUCAUUUUGGGCUGCUACUGUGCCAUCGUCAUCAAGUUAAGAGGGAAGAUCUUUGGUCGGUUUAGCCGAUCCUUCAAAAUCAUAGUAGCGGUAGUUGUGGCUUUCUUCUGUUGCUGGUUCCCCUACCACCUCUUUGCCAUUUUUGAUGUGCUGGAGCAUGACAACUUUGAAAUGAAAAUAAUCCUUGAUAUAGGAAUGCCAUUGGCUCACAGUCUGGUCUGCCUCAACAGCUGCCUGAACCCACUCUUGUAUGCCUUCAUUGGCCCCAAUUGCAGACGAACUGACUGCCGAUCAUUCCUGUCCACCUUUAAAGGAGCUUUCAGUGAAAACUGGGUGGUGUCCUCUUUCUCCAGCAACAGAAACUCCAGUUCCACAUCAGGUGUGGAAUCUAGCAUGGUUUGAAUUAUCCUUGCUCAGACUUAGAUGCAGUCAGUAUUCAGUACCAUCAAAGAAGUGCAAGCUAGAUUUGCAAACCAAACUCCUUGUGCAACUUGGUGGAGAUCUCCGGAAGAUGCAAGAAAGGAUUUGUUUUCACUGAGUAUGCAAUAUGUUAUGCAAUAUGUUUUUU